GUUCCAGUCACAUUGAUCUGUGCCGCCCACAUAUAUCUGCAUCUCCCUUGACUCAUGAAAGCCAAUUCGAUUGUGUCUAUGUCUGUAUGUCAGGGUGAUGCGACCACAGAUCACUAUUACAGGAAGGAACAAUGUCUGACUCUCUCUCAACGUCACAUGUGCAACGUUAUCUCACAGAGUGUCCAGUAUGUUCUGAACAAUUUGAUGAUGUCGCGCGCCUUCCCCGCCGUCUGUCGUGUUGUGUACAGUGUAUCUGUCAGCCAUGUUUACAGCAGAUCUACAAUGAAGAAGACAAGACGUUGCUCUGCCCUGUCAGUCACCACAAGCACGAACUUCAUAAUGGAGUUACCUCUCUUCCGACUGAGCCUAUCACAUCGAAGAUACUUGACUACCAGAAAAUCCAAAGAAAUGAGCGGGUGGUAUGUACAGAUUGCCCAAGCAGCAACGAGGCAAUAGCACGUUGUGAAGAAUGCUGUGUAUUUUUAUGCAAGGAAUGCAGGAUAACCCAUGAUCAACACAGAUUGUCACGACAUCACAGAACUCAUACAUUUGAGGAGAUUAAAGGUCAGCCGAUCCAGGCCUUGAGACGACUACACGAAUGCGGCCAUCACCCACAGCGUCAGGAAUACUUCUGCAAUACCUGCGAGAAGAUCAUAUGUGUUUCCUGCACUGUAGAAGAUCAUCGAGAAGGAGCGGGACACAUGUUUGUACCUGUGGAUAAAGCACACCAAGAAAAAUCAAUACAUGUUGAUAACAUGUUAAAUCAACUUGACGAAAAGGCUGUAGAACUGAGUCAAACAGAACAAGAAUUGUUACACAAAGUCGACAACAUGCACGUGUCAGCACUUGCAGCCAGACAGGACAUCAACAAAUGCUUUGAGAAGAUGUUAGAGGAGUUGCAACAAAGGAAAGCAACUCUUUUGUCAGACGUGGAGAAGAGAACCGGCGCUGAUGUAAAGCUGACGGAAGAGAUCCUCCAGUCAACCAGAGAGCUGCUGGCGAAGGUGAGAUCCUCAACAGAGUACAUUAGGCAGAUGAGAAGCAUGGCCGAUUAUAUCGAGGAUCUUCAUCUGAUGCUUUCCUCUACACCCUCACUGAAUGGCAUACUAGCUGAGGAGCCAAAGAAAGUGGAAUUUGUAAGCAGGGGAACAUCCUUUGUCCCAGCCAAUCUGAAUAAUCUCGCGUCCACUAUCAAGGUGACAGGCAUGGUCAGGUCUGUCACAUACACGCCAACCCAGAGGCCACAAGAUGUACCACAGAAGACAAUAUAUAACACCAUCACACUGGAGCCAGCUGAGGUACCUGCAGUGCGUGAUGGUGACAUGGUUCUAUCGAAAGUAGACAUAAUGGCUAUAACAUGUACACAAUUGGAGUGGGACUCAGCCGUUGCUAAUCGUGACGUGACUGUAGAAGGGACUACGAUCUCUAAUGCCAGGCCGGAUGUCUCGCCAAAUGACACUGGCUGUAGGAUACAAUCCCAGAGAUGUGUCAUGGCGUCGAAACCUCUGAUCAUGAAGACUCGCCGCAUUGACAUGUUCCAGGUGAAGUCUCGAUUCAGCCUACGACAGAAGGCAGAAAGGAAAACGAUGCUAUUUGAAACAGCUCUUACCCCUUCACCAUUAGAUUCCGAUUGGAAUCAGUUGUUGGGGUUGAGUGUAAGUGUUGUUGCAUGUCCUAAUCACAAAACGAAGCUGUGUGUCUGGGUUAAUAAUGGGAAACUUGUCACUGACCUGCCACUUAUCAAGAAUGAAGUUGGCAUGUCCUGUGAGUUGCACUGGAAUUUUCUUCUUGAUGGCAACACACAGAAAAUACAUGUCAUUAAUGUUGGGGAUGGGAACACGUUCAGCACUGUGUCGAAUGUUCUACUCAACACGCCACUGUGGGUCUUGAUGUACGUUUCUCUACCAUCUACAUCAGAGAUGACAGGGGAACUAAUAUCAGGCCACCACAUUGACAAGAAGGGUCACAUGUUUGAAGUAAAGAUGUUGCAGGAGUCUCUCAUUGAGAUACAAUAUACGAGGACAGGCGUAGGCUUUGUACCUGCCAACCUGACCGACCUUUCCUCUGCAAUCCAGGGAGCAGGAAUGAUAAGUUCGGUCGCUAAUGUGGACAAGACGAUUUCCAGUGGAGAUGAAGCCAUUUCAUGUCCGCACCUUGAAUGGGACUGCAGUACAGCGAGUGACGACAUCACUGUAUCUGAUACUUUGGUAACAAAUGAAAAGCCCAAAACUCCGCCACAAGACACAGGAUGUCGAAUAAGGUCGUGGAGACGUCUGUUGACAUCAAGACCUUUGGUUAUCAGAGGUGGAAGCCGAGAGAUGUUUCUGGUGAAAGUCAGCUUCUCUUUGAAACAGGUCACUGAGAAAAGAAGCAUGGUGUUUGAGACAGCAAUGACUGCCAACCCCGCAGAUACUUGCUGGAACCAAUCAACUGGACUGAGUGUACGCAUCAUAGGAUGUCAAAAGCAUAAGCACCAGCUCUGUCUCUGGGUUAGGUUUGAUGGCAAACUCCUCGUUGAUAUACCUAUUGCUUGCAAUCAAAUUGGUGAGGCAGGUGCCUUACAUCUAGGCUUUCUACUGGACGGUAGGAGCAGUAAAGUGUAUGUUGUUGACCUUGACAACACUACAGUGAUUCAGUCUGUGACUGACAUUGUGUUUGACAGACCAUUCUUGGUUAUGGCGUAUCUAGAUGAAUCGCAAGAUUCAUACAUGACGUGUGAACUUAUAUCAGGUCACAACCUUACACUAUCAGAAGGAAUGACCCAGUUGUUGUUAUCUCUAUAGGAAG